CAGCAACUCCAAUGCCAAGUGCAUCGCGUAGAGACCGCCGAUGGAUAUAGGUUAACCAUCCACCGCAUUCCAGCUCCCCGAAAUCCACAGUGUCCUCAGCACUUGCGCCCCUUUGUGUUGAUGCACGGCCUGCUUGGAUCCGCCGGGGAUUUCGUGUCGGCUGGCAGAGGCAGGUCCUUGGCUCUGGCGCUCCAUGCCCGCUGCUUUGAUGUCUGGCUGGGAAAUGCCAGAGGCACCACCCAUUCCCGCGGGCACCGCACUCUGCCGACAAGUGACGCCCGCUUCUGGCAGUUCAGUUGGCACGAGAUUGGCAUCUACGACCUGCCCGCCAUUGUGGAUUACGUGCUGGCGAGGACGAACCGGCGGCAGGUGCACUACGUCGGCCACUCACAGGGGACCACUGUGCUUCUGGUCUUGCUUUCUCAGCGCCCGGAGUACAAUGCGCGGUUUGCCAACGCGGCUCUGAUGGCACCGGUAGCCUUCCUCAAGCACCUGAGCAGUCCGCCACUGCGAUUACUGGCUAGUGACAGUUCCAUGGUCACGCUGCUGCUGAAUAAACUUGGACUCCACGAACUGCUCCCGGCGACGGCGCUGACCCAGGUGGGCGGCCAGUUCUUCUGCACCGCCUCCCGACCCACCUACGCCCUCUGCACCCUCUUCACCUCCCUUUACGUGGGCUUCAGCGACUAUCCAUUGGAUCGUAACAUCUUGCCACGCAUCCUGGAGACGACGCCGGCGGGCAUUUCGCGGGGCCAGCUGCAGCACUUUGGCCAGCUCAUCAAUAGCGGCAAAUUCCAGCAGUACGACUACCGUUCGCCGAGACUGAAUGAGCUGCGAUAUGGACGGACCACGCCCCCCUCGUAUCAGUUGGCCAAUGUUCGCCUGCAGCUACAGAUCUUCCAUGGCAACCGGGACGCACUGUCCAGUCAGGCGGAUGUGGAACGACUGGUCCGCGAGCUGCGGAAUAGCAUUACCCAGCUGUAUCAGGUGCCCGGGUAUAAUCAUAUUGACUUUCUGUUCGCCUCCUCGGCGGCCCAAAUGGUCUUUGAACGAAUAAUUCAACAGGCCUGGCAGUUGGAUGCGGCAUCGGCGCCUCAAGGCAGCGGAUGAUUUAUAGAAGCGGGAGCAAACUGGGAUACAUCCAGCGCAGUGAAAAAGUUCCAUCAAACGUGCGGACUGACAACGCUUGCCCUUUAUUGAAAUAUGCUUAACUCACUUGAUUUACAUUUAUAUUUUGUCAUACGAUAAACAAACUUAAACGUAAUACAAAGAAAAACUUGGAUAAACAGACCUCAUAAGCUUCAUACUUUACACUAAGCAAUUGCGGUAAUCAAAAUGUACAUUGGUUGUUAAUAAAGUGGAAUAGUCCGUCUGCUUCUCGACCAGCA